GCGACUGGGAUUGGGACUGGGACGAAGAUGGCGGUGCGUCUCUGGAUCAGCGCAGCCCCGAAUUGGGGAUAUGGUGCUCCACAGCGUAUGUUGAACCGGAUGGUUCGAUUGAAUUUGCACAGCGUGGCACGACUGGCUACCACCACCACUACCACCACCACCAUCACUCCUCGUGCGCGUGAGGAGGCUGGAGCAGCUGCAGCAAUCCCCUUUGAGCCCAUGCUCUACCACCUGCGCCCCGUACCUGAAGAGUUUCAGCAAGCACUCGCAUGCAAUGUUGCCAACGCAUUUGCAGCUGCGGCUCGUACUGAGCCUGGUGCCACGGCUCAGGACACUCAAAUGCGCAUCUGUGGGCGUGUGACAUCCGUUCGUGCGAUGGGCAAGCAUCUGUAUUUCUCAGACCUUGAGGACCACUCGGGCCGCAUCCAGGUCAUGUGUUCAAAGCGCCAUCUCGAUGAAGUCUCGCAACAACGCCUCCUCCAUCGACACGACCACAUUGAGGUGUUUGGUUCUCCCGGCAAGACCAAAACAGGAGAGCCCACCCUCAAGGCUCAACUUGUUCGUGUUAUUGCCCCUUGUCAAGCACAACUUCCUGACCACAUUGAAGACAAGGAAAAGCAAGUUCGUGAGCGACACAUUUAUCUCAACACAGUCGACAAUGACCUGCGCCAGACUUUGAAGAUGCGCAAUCAGGUGCUGAGCACCAUCCGUGAAUUUUUUGCACUUCGCGACUUUGUCGAAGUUGAAACGCCUAUUCUAAGCGCCCAAAGUGGCGGCGCCAUUGCUCGCCCUUUUAUCACCCGCGCCAAUGCAUUGCAGGCCGACCUGCACCUUCGCAUCGCCCCUGAACUCUAUCUGAAGCGGCUUGUUAUUGGUGGUCUUCAUCGUGUCUUUGAGAUUGGCAAGGUCUUUCGCAACGAAGUCAACAAGGUAUAUGCCGAUCCAGGAAAUGCUGGCCCAGUUCUGCGCCGGGCCUGUCAAGAACUGCACCUCGAGCGGAUGGAGCUUUUUAUCAACGGGGCCGAGCUGUGCAAUGCCUACCAAGAACUGAACGAUCCUGCCGAACAACGUCGGCGAUUUGAGGCGCAACACCGUGAGCGCCAGCAAGGCAACGAUGAGCUGCCGUUGCCUGAUGAGGACUUUUGCCAGGCUCUCGAGGCCGGCUUGCCACCCACAGUGGGUUGGGGGCUCGGCGUCGACCGCGUUAUUAUGGUGCUGUCGGGCAAGCCCCACAUCCGAGAUGUGCUUGCCUUUCCCAUUUUAGCACCCAAACAGGCAACAAGUCAAGAUGGGUGUUAG